AAUAAAUUUGUUGGUGCAAAACCAAGAGAGAAAACAUAACAAGAAGCAAACAUCAUGGCCAUGAGACCAGAAACACCUACCUUUGGAACACCACGUUCAGCGCGCGCUGUGUAUAAAAAUAUUCAGCCCAAGUCAGAGAUGAAGGAAAAUGAGGAAGCAUAUUUUCUUCGUAUUUACCUUCCUGGUUUCACAAAGGAGAGUAUACAGAUCAGCUAUUUGCUCCCUUCUCGAAUGGUAAGGAUUGUAGGAGAACGACGCAUCGAUGCUAGCAACAAAUGGAGCCUCUUCAACCAAACAUAUCCUGUUCCAGAGAAUUGUGAAGUGGAGAAACUUCAGGGCAAGAUUGAGCAUGGAAGUCUCAUUGUUACAAUGCCAAAGAAGUUCAUUCCACCACCUACACCAAUAGCACAAGUAGAAGAAACAACCAAACAAAAGGAAACCACUCCUCCAAAAUCCACAGCUACUAGAGUGGAACAACAAGAACCUAUUGGAGACAAGAAAAUUAGUAGUGAUGCAUUGAAAGAACUAAAGGGUUCCCAGAAAGAUACUUCUCCAUCUCAGAAACCAAAGGACACUACUAGCCAUAGGCCUGACGAUUAUAAGGGAUUGCGAACUUUAAGCCCUUCAAAAUCCUUUGAAGAGGAACCUGUGCUGAAAACCAAAGCAACAGCUGCAAUCCCAAAAGAACAAACAGGUAAGCCUCAAAUGGGAAUUGAGCCAAACACAAAGCAAAUAGAUGAGGAAAAGCUUCAAGAGGAAAUUAGGAAAAAGGCCAUAUUGGAAAUAGUCAAGAAGCAAUUAGAAGAAGAGAAGGCUGAGAAGGAAAGUGUCAAAAAGAAGGAAGUGGAAGGAGCAGAUAUUGGGAAGCCUUAUUAUGAGUCCAGAAAGCCAGAAAAAUAUCUGGAUCAUGAUGUGGUUUUAAAAGGAAAAGAAAUCAAGGCAAGAAAAGAGUCUGCUCCAAAAUCUUCUGAUGACAAGGGAAAGGACAGAGCAAAGAAGGAUGAAAUAUACACAAUAGGGAAAGGAGUCAAAGAAGUGGGUACUUGGACUUCUAAGGUUGUCACAAGAAUAGGAGAAGGAAAAUUGGAUGACCAAGAGAAAACUUUGGUGGCAAAUAUGGGUGCUGCAAUUCUAAUAAUUGCAGCACUAGGAGCUUAUGUAACCUAUAAGUUCACAUCUUCUGACAAAACCUAGCUAAAACUAAUUGUACACAGAUCAAUAAAUCCUUGUGAACAUUUGCAUUUAAAAGCACGCGUUAAUCUAUUUAUUUAACAGGCAAGAUUAUUAACUUU